AUGAUGAUCGGUGUUCGAAUCAGUGUGCUGUUGCAAUGGGCAUUGAUACUAUCGGUGUUUUUUGGUGUUGCGAUCGUUUUCAAUCCGUCGGGUGAUAACCGAAUUGAGCAGUCAUUAAUGCACGAACGUCUAUCAUGGACACGUCGUCUCAAAUUGUGUGCAAUUGGUCAAGAUGAGAUAAUGCGAAAUGCGUUGGAUGAUAUCGCAACGUUAAUCGCGUCGUUCUUCGCUGAUGUGGAUUUGGUUGCAUCGGAUGUGUUGGCUGGUUUAUCCCUUCUAACACACUCACAUUCAAUUCAGCAUCAAACACAUGAACCCACCGCUUCUCCUUCUACACAGGCACCUGACUGGAUGACUAUCGAGAACGCACGUCGAAUGAUGGAAUUCGCAACGGCCGUGUACGGUUGGCCUACGUACAUGUUGAAUAAUUGCGGUUGUUGUGCGUGGUGGAAAUUGUUCAAGAAGUUGGACUGCUGUAAGAAGUGCAAAUGCAACGAAGUGUUGGUAGUGGAGGAUAAUUGUUGUCUGUGCGGAACGGCAUCAUUUCAACUCAUUUCAAAUUGUCCGCGUACCGAUAUAUUCUUCGUAUCGUUCAAAAAUCGUCUUUAUCAAGUGCCAUUCGUGGUGUCAGUGGAUGCACUUAGUGAAAGUAUUAUAAUAGCAUUGAGAGGAACAGUGUCGCUGACGGAUUUAAUAACAGAUCUUACAGUGGAUGAUGAAGUCUUUUCUGUGGACGUCGAUUGCGAUCCGAUCCUUCGAAAGGAUCAAAAUCUUGAUGCUGAUGGACAGGUUCUUAUUGUUUUUGUUAUGCUUUAUUAUUAUUAUUAUUAUUAUUAUUAUUAUUAUUAG